AUGCGAUCCUGUGGAUCGACAAAAUCCAAACGCUGUUCACAAGAUGGCAUUUACUUAGUAGAGUCGAUAGUUGCUGAACGUUUGAUCAAAAACCAAAAGUUCUACAAAGUACGCUGGGAGGGCUUUGCUGCAGAAGAGGAGAGCUGGGAGCCGGAGGAAAAUCUGGCGAAUGUUAGGAACCUAAUUUACAAAUUUCAUCAGAGGAAAAAAGCCCGUGGCGAAUUUCCUAUUCCAUCCUCCUCCUCUGCCCCCUCAACGAAGGCAAAUUCUCCGCCAACACCAGCCUCCAACAGCGGCAGAUCACGUUCACAAACCGAAUUCAUGAAAGCUCAGAAGCGACGAAUAGGAAAAUCGCGCAGCGGACGCUUUGAAUAUGUCCCAAAGAACGAACUGGUCGCCUCAAAAACUAAGUAUUUUGAUGAUAUUAGGGAUGGGAAGAUUGAUCUCACUUCAAGUGAUCUCUACUCUCGGGUCAAAACUCGACGGCGUUGCAUUGCAGAUAGUUCAGGCCACUCCGCCAACGAAGAGGACUCACUCAGUCGCCCAGCCAGCCUUGUUGAGUUAACUAGCGACACGGACGCGGUAACGCCAGCACGCUACAGUGAACCCUCAUCCCCUAAACACUUGACACAAUCCACAGACGAAUCAAUAGACGAUACCAUCUCCGCUGACUCGGCUCCUUCCCAGACCGAUACCAGCACUCAUCACAGGAUCGAUCAAAGGGAUGUUUCCGGAGAGGCGACCCUUCCUCCGACUACAGAUGAUUCUGCCGCAGGUCGACUUCCCAGCCUAAAGGGUAGGCGGCGAAAGGUAUCGCGUAUUGGCAGUCUAAAUCUGACUGUCUCCUCUUUUUCCAAACGGAGAACGCAUUUUUCUCGUCGACAUCGCUCCAAGCGGGCACGUUUUUUGCCCACUUUUCGACCAUAUGCAACACCACCAACUAAUGAACAGUUAUCCACCGAAAAAAUUAAAAUGGAAGAACCGACUUCCACAACAGAAUUGGAGUCAAAAGAAGACGCAAAGGAAGGCGGGCUCGAAGCACAAGGGCAUGAAUUGAUUGCAACUGGAGAUGCCAAGAAGGAGGCCACGGAGGAUGCCAAGCAGGAGCCGCCGCCCACAACCCCGCCUGAAUUCCCUGUGCCCCAGCAGACCGUUCCACUAGUGACCGAUCUCCUGUCCUACUACUUUAAUCUCUGUCACCAGGACCAGGAGGAGGAGAAUGCGACAGCGGUACCGAAAGAGCAGUUUCUUGCCGAAACUACCAACCAUGACCUGCAGUGGGGUAACACUAGCGACAACAGCGGCUCACAGCUGGCUGCCUUUCCUUGCCUGAAACCCACUGCGGAGGGAUUCACCGUCGAAACGCCUGCUGAUCUCGUGACAGCCAUCAAGCAACAACAAUGGACCCUGCUUGCCACACAGUCUUCCACCAGUCUGACCAAUCUGAUAGCUGAGAGUCGGCAAACCCAGCCGAACAAUGGCGAUGCAGUUAUGGCGCCUCCGAUAGAACCCAGGAUG